AUGGAUCUUCGCACUCGCCUGGCCGCUGAUUACUCUAAUGUGAAGCUCAUGGACCCGGAUAGAGACACCUACCCAAAGGCUGCUGUAUUGCAAGUGCUCGGUAUGCUCAGCGAUGAACAGUCCUACAUGGAGGAUAAAAGGACAGUCCUUCGAGAUGCAACCGGGCAGAUCACUGAACAGAGGACGACCGGAAAGGCAACGACUAUCCGUGCAAGCGUUCUCAGUGAUGACGGUAGAAUGGCAGAUCUUUACACUAUGCCCUUCGUCGACUCUAUUAACGAGAAGCUAUUGCCGGCUAAGGAGAGCUCAUGUGUACAACUCGGGGUUGUGUGCAGCCAACGUUGCACCCAGUCGGCAGCAAACUUCAUCUGUGAGCAUCUGAGCGCUGAUGAAACUACAGACGUCGGUGCUACAUUGAGAGCUGCUAUUACAAAAUGCCAGAAUGACAUCGUCAA